AUGGCCCGAGAUCUCACGGGUGAAGGCGUGGAGCUGCCACUCAGGGGGGCCAGUGUGGCUGCCAUGCAGCAGCCACAAAGGCCAGGGCGCAGAAGGACAACUCUGGCAGAGCUGGGCGAGCAUCUGGAGACAAAUUCGGAGCCUGGCAGGGUUACGAGGACAGCCAGAUUGGCACUGGCAGCUUACACUUUGGCACGCGUCGUUGCGAAUCUCUGCGUAAAUGGUUUGGACGGUUUGUAUUUGACGUGCGAUGCUGUACUGCGGCCAGUGAUGACUGCAUUGGGAAUCUAUUUCUUCCUUCGCAAGAACGACCGAUUCUCGGAGAAGUCGUUGCUACACAUCUGGAGUCGCCGCGCGAUCUUUUGGCUGGCCUUCUGUGUGGGUGAUGACGGUUUCCGAGGCUUGGUGUUUUCCGUUCCCCACCUCAACGACGAAAUGGCAAUUUUCAUUGUCUGCAAAGGAGGUACACUGUUGUGGGAGGUUGCGUGCAACUUCAUGCAGGUGCACAUGACAAAUCUUAAGCUGUUUGCCCUCGGCCGACGUUUCGCGGCCAAGCUUUGUCAUAUCCUCGCCGUGACGGGCAUCGUGUUCACCUUGAUGUUUGGAAUUCGGUUCGCUAUGUUCAUGUCUGAGCCAUUGUGGCAUCUGCCUGAGUCAGUUGAGAAUCUGGGGCUGCUGUCCUUCCUAUGCUUAUGCGUGAUUGUAUGCAUCCAGUUUUGCACCCUGUGCAUUGUGGCAUGCAGAGCUCUGCGGGCUUCUGGUGACGAUUUGGCCGUCGCGUCCACGGCAGUUCUGCUCUUCGGGAAUGCGUUCCUGGUUCUUCUAGGGCCUGCUCUGAGUGUUUGGGCCUUGAUGAGAUACUGGCUGUCUGAUGACACAUAUGAAACAAGGGAGUGGUCGACAUGGCUGACGGUGGACAUCUUUCUUCAAAUCUGCAAUACCUUGAUACUGAGCGGGAUGGUCGGGCCGAAGCAAUGGAAUCGGCCAAUGGAUGCCUUCCGCCGGCUCGCGGACUUGUCUGGAUUCGGCUUCGCAUCGAAGCGCAUUGCGUUUCCUGGACAUAUAAACCAGACGGCUGCCAAGUGCGUCGUGUCGUUUCCAGGCAAGUACAGUGAACUCUGGGACGAAGCUGUUUCAGCUGUGACGUCGCAUCACGUGAAAGCAGCGGUGGAGCCGUGGUCUUUGGCGUGCGUCUUCUUGACCGAUGCCGAGUCGGGCCUUGGGCAACAUUCGGAGAACCCGGACACACCAGGGAAGUGUUGGUGCCACAGCAUCUACGGCCGAGUUCCAGCCGAAACAUAUCUCUGUGUAGUGGAGGUCGAGCCAGAACACAUUGACUGUCAAGCCAACCGGCAGCUGCUUUCCUUCAAGCGAAGCGAUGCCUCCGCCAUGGGCCAACUGUUGGUCAUCAAGAGUGACCAGUCUGACACCGAGUGGCAAAUCCAGCUCGCACAGGCUGCAAAGAACGCGCAACAGCUCUGCUUUGAGAAAGAUGGACGAGCGCCGUGGGGGUGUCAGUGGUUCGAGAAGUGGAAGCAGAACUUGGACCUUGCAGCACAACUCGGGCAGGAGCUUCAUGUGUUCUACUUUGCAGAGCGCAAGGGCCAAGGAAAGGUGCCCUGGGAUCAUCUUUCGGAUGAAGCUGCGAAGGAGAGAGCUCGACAGAAGAGCGGCCUGGGUGCCUCUCAGACUGCCGAAGUGGCAUAUCUUGAAAGGAUGGGCCUCACCUUCGUAGAGCAUGACAUCCGAGACUUCAAGGCGUUCAUCGCUGGAGCUGGAUAA